ACGGAGGUGGCUUCGAUUCUGUUCAAUUCCGCACCCAGCUGUCACUCUCAGCCCGUGAUCGAAUUUUUGCAGAUCACCAAACACUCUGCCGAUUUUCUUCCCACAUUUAAUGGGAAAACUUAAAUCCGAAGCUUCGAAUUUUGAAUGCCCUUUUCAUUUAAUUUUUGCAUGUUGCCGUGAAUUUAUUAUUUGUUCCACACAAUCAUCAGUUUUUCUUCCUAUAUAAGAGCACACUAUGUGGGCAGAUUUGAAAUUGAGAUUGCUUCCAAAUGAGCUGCGAUGGGUAUUACAGCGACGCCUCUGUUGCGGCGGCGGGGAGGCGGCGGAGAAGAGGAGAAACCUGCCGGAGCUUCACUUGUAUAUCUCCCUGGUUUAUCUUCUGGCGUCGGUCGAGGAGUUCGAGAAACAGAUUCCCCGGCAGCAAAUGGGAAGAGAAGGAGAAAUUUGGGGGAAAUUCGAAAUUAGGUCUACAGAGAAAAAAUGAGAUUGUGAAAGGGGGUUCGACAAAUCACGAGGCGUCUUCUUCAUCCAUUGAAGAUGUUUUAGCGGAAUCGGGGAAAGAGGCAUCUUUCAACCUGGGAGUUGGAUUCGGCGUAAUUUACGUUGUUCGAAACGAGCUUAACAAGAUGGCCGAGUUGCGGAAAAGAAUCGAAUUACUGCUUCAGGACUUCCAGAAUCAAGAGAAGAAUCCACUUUCCACGCCCUCGAAAUCCAGGAUUUCUUCUUCGUCAUUCUCAAACACCGCUGUAGUAGAAAAUCACUGCCCUGAAAAACACGAUUUCGAUCAGCAUUUUACUUCGGAAAAUAUCGCUCACCCUGAAACUGGUUUUGGUAGUCGUCGAUAUAGAAGGGAGAAAAGCUCGAGAGUGGAUCAAAUGGAAGCAGAAUUCGAAGCCGAGUUGGAUCACUUGCAACACCAAAUGGAUGCUGAAUUAUUUUCUAAUUACUCAGAACAGCAAUUUUCCGAGGUCAACGUGGAGGAGGAACGUGGUCCUGAAUUUAGCGACAACGUGUGCUUUGAAGAAGCUAACAAUGUUAUUCACGAGCUAGGUAACGAUGGGUACUAUGGGGUUUCUCCGAGAGAACUCGAGAGAAAAUUGCACGAACUCUUGGAAGCAAGGCAGCAAGAAAGGAUAAUCGAGCUCGAAUCGGCUUUAGAAUAUGCUAUGCAAGAGCUUGACGAGAGAGAAAGAGAGAUUUGCUGGUGGAGAGAAACUGCCCGCCUCGUUUCUCGGAACCUUCCGAGCAUCUCCGGAAUGUUCCAACAGAAGAAACAAGCUUUUCGCUGUACGGAACGACCUGGAUUUGAAGUUCGAGAGAUUGGUAAGGGUUUUCGUAGAGAACUCGACGUGUGAUUAUCUGUGGUCAACACUGUGGUUGACUAGUCGUAGCACUCUCAUUCUUGUGCGUGUGUUGUAAGGCCAUCAUUAUUAUAAGGUCAAUUAGUAUUAAUGUUGUUAUUAAUAUUGUUGUUUUAUGUGUGAUAUCUAAGAAGAGGAGGAAAAAGGUUGGGGAGCAAAAUUUGAAUUUUUAGAAAGUUCAAGCACUUGUUUAGAAAUAUUGAUGUUUGUAGGGGGUGAAAAUGAGAUAUCGGUUAAUAAAAUGUGGUUAGGCACCUUCUUGAUGCCUUUUGAAUUUA